AAAAGGGGUGGGGAAGGAAAGGUGAAGGAAUCACGACGACCCAAUCUGCCAUUCACCUCGCCUGCUGUCUGUGGUACACUUCCUUCCAGAGCGAGAGAGAGAGCGAGAGAAAGAGAGAGAGAGAGAUCACUCCUCCUAGUCCCUGUCCCCUGCUCCUGUCUGUCUACUCAUUGAUUCGUUUGACGACUGAAGGAUGUCCCAGAAACCGGCCGAGAGAGCUCCUUCCACAGACAGCGCCAAAUCGGCCCAGAUCGAGGACGGUGCCAAGAAGUCAGCUUUGAGGAAGAACUCGUCCACAACCUCCUCCCAGGACACGCCUAAGAAGGCAGCCAAGAAGAAGUCAAAUGAGAAGCUUUACAACAACGUCCUCAACACCGUCUUCGGACAGGAAAGGGAGCUGUCUCAGCCAGAACUGGACGAGCUGAAUGAGGCCUUCAAGGAGUUUGACUACGACCAGGACGGCUACCUGAACUACAAGGACCUGGCAGAGUGCAUGAGAACCAUGGGGUACAUGCCCACUGAGAUGGAGCUCCUUGAGAUCAUUCAGCAGGUCAAGAUGAGGUUGGGCGGCCUCAUGGAUUUCGAUGACUUCUGUGAUCUGAUGGGCCCCAGGAUGCUGGUGGAGACUGCAGACAUGCUGGGCCUCAAAGAGCUCAGGAGUUCCUUUUUACAGUUUGACACGGACGGUGACGGGAAGAUCUCCCAGGACGAGAUGAAGGAGGCGGUGAAGACACUGCUGGGGGAGAAGCUGAAGAAGGGCGAGCUGGAGGAGAUCCUCAAGGACAUCGACAUCAAUGGGGAUGGAACUGUCGAUUUUGACGAGUACGUCAUGAUGCUGUCUGUCCCGUAGGGAGGUGGCCAAGUUACACACAAUGGUAUAGGAUGUGUGAGAGUCUGAAGAGCUCUGUGAGAGUCUGAAGGGCUGCGUUACGUCCAUAAACAGCUGUAAAUCCAGAUUUCAUCUGUGUGUGAGAGAGUGUGUGUGUGUGUGUGUGUGUGUGUCCUCACAGGAAAUUGAAGUUUGGACACCGUACAUUAGUGCCUAUGGUGAACAUGGAGUAAAUAUUGUUUUGAGUAAAGCACCACAGCGAUCUGCAGGAGAAACUGUACAUUAAGUUCUAUGAAAUGUAAAAGUGUAAAGU